CUUCCUUAGCAUUCGACCCUCUGCUCUCUGUUGUUGGUUGGUUUGCUAUUGACGUUGCUAACCGGUUGAAGCCUGAACGGUUUCCUGAGGGCAUUGCAGGCUUGACGCCCACCGCUCCACCAUGGAGCCCUCUGACCUGGACACACAUAAGAACGGGCGUCAGCGGAAGCUGGCGGGCGCCAGCGGAUUGGACAUGAGGGAGGAAGAGAGAGGAUGGAGCACCGCACCCGAAGAGGAAGGGGAGGGGCUCCUGCGGGGUUCGGACUCGGAGGAUAACGGCCGGCCGAAGGUGCGUCCGGGGAUCCAUGGAGAGCUGGGAAACGUGUCUCUCCUCCUCUUCCUCUACGUCCUCCAGGGGAUCCCCCUGGGGUUGGCCGGCAGCAUCCCCCUGAUCCUGCAGACCAAGAACGUGAGCUACAAGGACCAGGCGUUCUUCAGCUUCGUGUUCUGGCCCUUCAGCGUGAAGCUGCUGUGGGCUCCGCUGGUGGACGCGCUCUACCUCAGCAAGUUCGGACGCAGGAAGUCGUGGCUUGUGCCUACUCAGUACCUGUUGGGCCUCUUCAUGCUCUGGCUGUCCUUCACUGUGGACUCACUGCUGCAGAGCGACCAAAGCCACGGCCCUGACGUGCUGACUCUCACUGUGGUGUUCUUCAUGCUGGCCUUCCUGGCAGCCACCCAGGACAUAGCGGUAGACGGCUGGGCUCUGACCAUGCUGUCCAGGGAGAACGUGGGCUACGCCUCCACCUGUAACUCGGUGGGCCAGACCGCCGGGUACUUCCUGGGGAACGUCCUCUUCCUGGCGCUGGAGUCUGCAGACUUCUGCAACAAGUACCUGAGGAUGGAGCCCAAAGACACGGGCAUCGUCACUCUGUCUGACUUCCUGUAUUUCUGGGGCAUGGUGUUCCUGGUGUCCACCACGCUGGUGGCCAUCUUUAAGAGCGAGAACGUUCGCAUCCGGGGCAAGAGGCAGGUCCAGGAAGAGACCCACGGCGUCAUGGAAACCUACAAGCAGCUUCUGUCCAUCAUCAAGAUGCCCACAGUGUUUACAUUCUGCUGCUUGCUGCUAACGGCUAAGAUUGGGUUUUCAGCAGCAGAUGCAGUAACGGGUCUGAAGCUGGUGGAGGCAGGCGUUCCCAAGGAGCAGCUGGCUCUGCUGGCUGUACCCAUGGUGCCCUUACAGAUCCUCCUGCCUCUCAUCAUACACAAGUACACUGCUGGACCCAGACCACUGGACAUCUUCUACAAGGCCUAUCCUUACAGGCUGUUGAUAGGCCUAAGCUAUGCUGGGUUGGUGUGGUGGACACCCAGUGUGAAACAGGACAGUGGAUAUCCUGUGUACUACUAUGGUGUGGUGCUGUUCAGCUAUGCCCUACAUCAGGUGUCACUGUACAGCAUGUACGUAGCCUUAAUGGCGUUCCAUGCCAAGGUGAGCGACCCCAGGAUCGGCGGCACCUACAUGACCCUCCUGAACACGCUGACCAACCUGGGCAGCAACUGGCCGUCCACGCUGGCCCUGUGGAUGGUGGACCCGCUCACCAGCAAGGAGUGUCAGGGAGCCCCCCUGCAGACCUGCGGCUCCCCAGAAGAGGCAGGGCUGUGCACCAAGGAGGGAGGCGUGUGCGUGACGACGUUGGACGGUUUCUACGUGGAGUCGGUGGUGUGCGUGCUGAUUGGACUGGCCUGGUGGGUGGUGCUCGGCAACAAGCUGAAACGACUCCAGGACCAGAGCCCCGCAGCGUGGAGGUGCAGAAUCAACCAAUGAUAGCCCAUCACUCCCCCUCCCUCCCUCCCCCCCACUGCCCUCAAUGAACUCUUAAGAACUUGAAUCAACAUGGACCCAAAAUGGCCUGACCGCUGCUCCGACUCCUGUUGGAAGGGGGUUGUACAGGAUGUCCCUUCUGCAUCUGUGUGGCUCGCAUCAUCUCCCCUCCUCCCCUCAGCAGUACACUUUAUGACCCAUGCGUCUGUGUGGCUCGCAUCAUCUCCCCUCCUCCCCUCAGCAGUACACUUUAUGACCCAUGCGUCUGUGUGGCUCGCAUCAUCUCCCCUCUUCCCCUCAGCAGUACACUUUAUGACCCAUGCGUCUGUGUGGCUCGCAUCAUCUCCCCUCUUCCCCUCAGCAGUACACUUUAUGACCCAUGCGUCUGUGUGGCUCGCAUCAUCUCCCCUCUUCCCCUCAGCAGUACACUUCAUGACCCAUGCGUCUGUUGCGCCCAUUUCCCUAACGUCACCGUGAGGCCGAAAGGCCGCGCAAAGGAACCAAUCAGACGUCCGAGGGAGGGGCUGCUUCGUCAUGGCAAUCUGCCGUCACUUGUGACGUCUGGCCAAUCAUCUGUGCCUCUCUCUGUUCUUCAAAGGCUGUGAGGAGAGGGCGGAGUCUUGGGUCUUUGUCAGAUUUUUGAAAGGGCAUUCAACAGCAUGGAUACUACAGCUUAAAUACAUAAGAUGCAAUACAUUGGCAACAGGCCUGGAUGUGGUGGGUCAGAUUUGUCUUGAUGUCAGGAGAGAUUGAUUUCACAAUCCUUCUCCUUAAUCAGAUUUGAUCUGUGUCUAUGAGACAUGUUAUUGACUAUAUUGGUAUUAUUUUUAUCUAGCAGGGAGAUGUCUGAGGUUCUGUUUGAGAGAAAAAAAAAAAAAAACAUGGUUCAAGCGAGAUCAGUGAAAUGGGCCUUUUUGGUUUGAUUGUGUGGUAGAGAAUGUGCUUGAGAGCGUUAGUUUUUUUUCCGGGUUUAUUCUCGGUUUCUGCUUUUGAUAGAAAAGCAAGGAUCAAAUCUGGUUUCCUACUCCAAAUGAUGAACGGUCAGAAGGGGGGUAGUAUUGUUCUUCAGGAGUGGUUCCUUCCCCCCAAAAGGAACACUAAACAGUUCUGGCAGUUUCAGAGCAGGUCAACCCCCAUAUGUGAAGGUUGGAUCUACAACUGAUUUGAUUUUAAGUUUUUAAUUGGGCUACACUUUGUUUUUUGCAACUUCUGAUUUGUGCACAUGUCCUUUCACAUGUUUAUGUGCCAGUACUGUAGUUAACUUUAGUAAGAAUGUCAAGUGACCUUUUCUACCAGCCUUCUGUUCUAGAUUUUUUUCUUUGUAUUUAUGAUUUGAGUUUCAUUUAGAUUUUAUACUAUUAUUUGAUUGUACUGAAUGUGUUUUAUGUUUUAGGAUCUGAUUAUUGAAGGAGAUGUGGGAUUAUUUUGAGCGUGCAUUGUUAUCUCAAAUUAGGUAAGAUUCAUCGAAUCCUUAUUCUAAGGUGCCCCAUUAUCCUUCACGAGGACAUGUUCCGUUUGUUGUCACUUUCUCUCUGCUUCAGAAUCAAACCUUACUGAUCGUUGGUCUGGAGAAUUACAGAGCCUGCAACAAGAGACCAAAAACAAUGGUUAAGAUCAUUCAAUUAACACUGUUUUAGUGUGAAUUCCAAUGUCCAAUUUGUCUAUUUUGUGUAAAUUCCAUAUACAAUUCGAUAGGGGGCAGCAAAUUGUCCCUGGAGUUUGUCAGCCUGAUGGAGAGUUCAAAUGUCCCCAAGAUGAGGGGCAGUAGUCUGGAGUCCUAAAACAAGGUGGCUGCCGACUGUACUUGGAGAUGUAAAUAAUGUAGUAAAAGUGCUGUAAAAUGUUCUGAUGGACUUUUAUACCGACGUUUCCCAGAUGUAGUACUUAAAAAUCGAUUCAAUACAAAUCUUAUAUGUUAUAAAAUGAACAUGCGCACAA